UGUAGGAUUUGAUCAAUAUCCUGAGAAUAGGUGGAGGGUUGUUCAAAUUUUGAAUCAAUUUACUUUCUUUGAUCCGUUUCCACUCUCGAAAAGUUUCAAACGUGCCCUUGGAGAGAAGUGACAGAUUGUGCCCAUACAACUUGGAUGUAUGUUUUGGCCUUGUUUUCUGUGAGUGUCAGUAUACGUUGAAUACAAUGCAGUGGCAGUGUGUGAAGAGAGAUCAUGAUCUCUCUACUAACAAAGAUUGCUCUUGGUUUGUGGUGAUUGAGAAACAUGCUGUUUUAACUGAAGUGAGGGGUUUUAGUGAUCCACAUAUUGAUAAAACAAGAUGUUUGAAGAUCAUUAAAAGGCUUCUGUAUCUUCUCAAUCAAGGUGAAAUAUUCACAAAGGCGAGGAGCGCGAAGAAGCUCCAGACAUGGAGGUUUUCCGGCCAGAGGCAGAUGUUGGAAUCCGGGAUUUUAGUGGGAGGGUGGAUAAGGAGAGAUUGCUUAGCAUUUUAG